UCGAGCUUAAAUCAGAACCCGACCCGUUGUCUCCUGCCGGCGUUCCCUCACUUUCGAAGGCAAAAGGAAAAGCAAAUCAUUACCCACUCCCAUUUCUUCUUCCUCCUCCUCCUCUGUUUUCAAUGGCGAAGGGCUCUCACUCUCAAAACCUACCUGCUGACGUGGCAAACCUCGUUGACCAACUUGAGCGCCAUUGCCUUGCCCCCGAUGGAUCCUACAUGUCCAAAUCCGCCUACUCCGAUCUCCAACAAGCAAGAGAGGAGAUGUCGAGAGAGAGGACACGAUACUUGGAAGCCAUGGCGGUUUAUGCCGAGGCGAUUGCAAUGGUGGAAGAGUACCAGCAGGCGGUAUUGAAUCUUGGAGGGGUUAGAAAUCAGCAGAGUCUGUACUCGCAGGGAUUGAGUUGCUCCCCUCAGGUAUAUGAUUCCCUGGAACAUCGAUUAGUUGUUGCUGAGGCAGCUCAAAGGUUGAGGCUUCCUCUUCUUUCUAAAGACGGGGAAAUUCAUGAGGAGGAGAUUGAGAAGUGCAGUUUGAUAUCAAGAAGUUCUCUUGACAGCACAGCAACUAGCAUUACUCCCAGCUUUAGCUCAAACUCAACAAGUUACAACAAUAGCUAUGCAAGUAAUAGUAGUAUGCUGAAUGCCUCUGUUCUGUCAAAUAAUUCUGAUAUGGUUGAUCCUGGAGUUGGUGGAGUUCCAAAUUGUUUUCUUGGGGUGACGCCAGGUUUUUUGAGGCAAGUCCAGCAAGAGCAGUCUGCAAUGACUGUGGACAUGAUGGAGUACCAAAGGUCUCUUGUUCAGGAGAUCGAAUCCCGUUUAGAAGCGAAAUGUGAAACAUCAGCUGAUAUCUUCGCCAUAGAUGAGAAUGAAGAAUCCUCUCCAAUUAGUCAGAUUUCAAGUGCUCGGCUUCCAGAAAGGGUAAAGUUAAUUAUUGAGGAAGUUGAAAGGGAAGAGGCUGUUCUAUUGGAAGAUCUCUAUUCCAUGGACAGGAAAUUUGCAGAACACUACAAUGUUUUGGAGCAAAUACUUGGAGUGCUCAUUAAGUUUGUGAAGGAUCUGAAGUUACAACAUCAGCAUCAAUAUGAUGAACUGAAGAAAACUUGGCUUUGCAAGAGGUGCCAGACAAUGAAUGCCAAACUGAGGGUUCUUGAACAUCUUCUCUUGCGUGAUACUUACACUAAAGACUCUGUACCUGCUUUGCAUCGGAUUCGAAAGUAUCUCGUAGAGGCAACAGAAGAAGCGUCCAUUGCUUACAAUAAAGCGGUUACACGUCUACGUGAGUAUCAAGGUGUAGAUGCACAUUUUGAUACUAUAGCAAGACAGUACCAUGAGAUUGUAAAGAAACUAGAGGGCAUGCAGUGGACAAUUCACCAAGUUGAAAUGGACCUAAAACGCUCGCUUGAACAUUCAACAUCCUAAUGUUUCAUUUUCAGCUUGAGCACCUAACAGCCUUAUUUUUCAUAUCCAGUCUGGAUGGAGUUAUUGUGUCGCCAUUCAGGCAAAUAUUUUAUGUUUCCUUAUCCUGUUGUUCUUUGGUGGUUGUACAAUUACGCUCCACUGAGGUAACUUGUGUCAUAAAAUGUCUAUCCGAUUGCUAUUUUUUAUUUACUCUCAUCUGUAUAUGUUGUCUGCUAUGUUCAUCUUAUGUUUGCAAGUAAAAUGUGAGUUCUGGGGCGUAUGCAAGAACAAGAAUGCGCGCAUAUCAUGAGAAAUAGAAAAGAAAAAAUAGUAGUUGAAAAUUGUAUCCUCUUUGGCUCUUAUUAUUGUCAUUUUAUGAUGG